AGAGAUUUGACAUUCUCCAUUUGACAGAUGUGUUUACUUCGAUUAAAUUAAAUUAAGAUUGAAAAAAAAAAUCAUUGUUACAAAUUUCAAAUAUUAUUUUAUAUUGUUAUUAAAUAUUUAACAUUCGAGGCGGUAAAGAUCAAUGAAAUGAUGGAUAAAUGGAGUAUGUAUGACAAUAUGAAUUUAUCAACUCUACCAUGUCAUUAUGUAUCAAUUAGAGAUACAAUUGUAAGCAGAGUAUCUGGUGAAUGUGAUCAGAGUGUCAGUCCAUUACGAGUUGGUAUGCUCGUUGAGGCCAAGGAAAUAAAAUCAGAUGGUGGGAUGAGAAUUAGCGUUAAAGAUACAAGCAAUUAUGAAGUUUGGCAUAAAACUGAAUGGAAAUGUCAUAGAAUUGAUUUUGUACCUGUAACAGAGAAAGUAUGGUAUUUUUUGGCAGCUGUAUCAAUUCCACAAGAAAGAGUUCGCUUGGCUCAGAAUACUAAAUUUUGUGAGGAUGUUGAUAAUUUAAAAAUAAAUCAUAAAGUCUGGUACUAUCCAGAACCUAACUCGGCAAAAAGAUAUAAAGCUGUCAUUAAAUUUAUCGGACCAGUGGAAGAGUUGGGACCAGGAUUUUAUUUCGGCCUCGAGUUAUUGGAUAAAACUGACAGUAUUCGAACAUCACUUGUAGCAAAAAAACACUUUGCAGGGUCAUCCAAUAAUAGUAAUACCUUUGCUACACUCAUUAAUAUUCAACCAAUGAAAUCUGACGAGGUCAACUUUCCACCUUUUAGCGCUAAUGCAAAAUUAUCACAGAAAGAAAUAGAAGCAUCCUGGUCGAAACAAUUAGAUGGAUUUGUAAAUAGUACUACUAAUAAUCAUGCAGUUAAUGGCAAAUACACUCAACAUGACUUGAAUGCUGUCACUAAAAAACGAUUGAUACAUUUUGAAGAUAAAAAUAAUAAUAAUGAUAGUAGUAAUAAUAAUGAUACUAAUAGAGAAUCAGACAGCUCUCGUUUAAAUGACUCAUUGGUACCGAAAGUUAUUCAUCAAUCAGCAAAAUCAAAAGUAUUAUCUAAUCAUGAUGGAAUUAAUUUAAGCAAAAGUAUUAAUUACAACCUUAUUCCGAUAGAUGAUUUAUUCGAAAAAUAUGACAACAAUAAAAUGAUUCGAAAGGACAAUGGAAAAUCACUUGAUUUAGGAACAGAAGUUGAAGUUCUUGUGGGCUCUGAACUACGACAUGGUGUCAUUCGUUGGAUUGAUAAUUCACCGGGGGCUAAUACUAGUAAAAUUAUGGCAGCUAUUGAAUUUAAAGAUGACCCUCAUUUACAAGGUACAGAUGAAGCUUACAGCGACGUUAAACAUUUGAAUCGUAAAUUAAAUAGAUCAAUAUGUACAGAUACUAAAUCUUGCCAACAGUCUAACAUAACACCUACAGACGAUUCAUUAUUGAGAGUAAAUGAUGACAAUUUAAGUAAAACGGAAAAUUUAUUGAUCAAAGGUAUUGUAAGACCGAUAUGUGUUGAGGAAGGUCUUGAAAAUAUUUGUGGUAAAUAUCGUGGUAUUCAAGGUCAUCACAAUUCAUGUUAUUUAGACGCAACAUUGUUUAGUAUGUUUGCUUUUACAAGUGUCUUUGAUAAUUUACUCUUCAGACCUCCGACUGAAAAAGACUGUGCGCAAUAUGAAGAAGUACAGCGAGUAUUACGAGAAGAAAUAGUAAAUCCUCUUCGAAAAAAUAUAUUUGUUCAUGCAAAUCGUGUUAUGAAAUUAAGAACAUUGCUCGAAGAAUUGUCAUCAGUGUCUGGAUUAACGAGUGAAGAAAAGGAUCCUGAAGAAUUUCUCACUUCAUUAGUCGCUCAGAUAUUGAAUGCGGAACCUUUUUUAAAAUUAAGCUCUGGUCAAGAUGCAUACCAUUAUCAGCUUUUUGUUGAAAAAGAUGAUCAUCUGAAUUUACCUACUGUACAACAAUUACUUGAACAAAGCUUUUUGACAAGUAAUAUUAGACUGAAAGAAGUUCCAUCUUGUUUGAUAAUACAAAUGCCCCGUUUUGGAAAGUCAUUCAAAAUGUAUUCAAAAAUACAGCCGACCCUUUUACUUGAUGUCACGGAUAUCAUCGAAGAUUCUCCAAGACAAUGUACAGUCUGUGGAAAGUUGGCUGAAUAUGAGUGCAAAGAGUGUUAUGGUCAACGUGGACUAGGGUUAGAAAGUAUUGCUUUUUGUACUUCUUGUUUGGAUCAAGUACAUCGUCAUGAAAGACGAACAAAUCAUGAAUCUAAGAAAUUAAUCGUACCAACUGAAUUUACAAUUUUACAAGAACAUUGUCCAGUACCACGUCUAUUUUUGGAAUUAUCAGCUGUAGUGUGUAUUGAGACAUCUCACUAUGUGUCUUUUGUAAAAUGUGGAUCAGGCUCUGAAGCGCCUUGGUGUUUUUUUGAUUCAAUGGCUGAUCGAGAAGGCGAACAAAAUGGAUUUAACAUACCGGAAAUGGUAUCAUGUCCGGAUUUUCCAUAUUGGUUAAGUGAAGAAGGAGCUAAGUAUCUUGCCGAAUCUACAGAUGAUCGACAGUUACCGGAAUACGCUAAAAGACUUCUUUGCGAUGCGUAUAUGUGCAUGUAUCAAUCUUCGGACGUAAUGAUGUAUAAGUAAUUUUAAUUAUCUUCUGCGGUGAGAUAAAUAACUUGUAAUAUUAUUGAAUUUUAAUCAAUACUAGAAAAUGUGAUCAAUUUAAAUAAUGAACAUGAAUAUUAAUUGAUAUUAUUUAUACAUUUCUGUUAUCUAUUAUUUUUAUAAUUAAAUGUAAGUUGCAAUA